AUGCCUCCGAUGCCGACGCGAACAACGCAACUGUCUUUUCAGCGAAGAUCGCGCGUGGUCACGGAAGAAGAAGAGUACGUGAUAGAUAGUUGCCUGGAGUUGCAAACGGAAUAUCCGAUUUCUGACUUGGUUUCAGCAAAUAAUGUUAUUAGUACGACGUCGGCUGAGCAGCAAGCUUCCUUCACGACCUCCCCCCAAAUACCCGGUGCCCCUGUGAGUGUGGCGGGCACUCCGCGAAACGCACCACCACUCCUCGUGAACAAAACGGAGUCCAAUACUCCUACACCGGCGCACCACUCUAGCACACCUGCCCCACUCCAGAUGCAGUAUGAGCCCACCGGCGCGGCGAGUACGCCGGCAAAUAUGAGUGUCAACUGUGCAUCGCCGUUAACGUCGACGAUGCGCCCUGCUGAAUCGCCCUCAGAUCAAGGACCUUCUACAGGCCUUGCAAGCUCUGUGAUGCGUACUGUCGUGUCGAGCGGGAAUGAUGCGCUAAACAUCCUAUUCCAGGCUGCUGCACAAGAGCAAGGGAACUGUGUGAAUGACUUGGCUACAAAUUCUAGAAGUCUAUUGAGCCAGAGCAACAACCAUGCCCAGCCGGUGUAUGAAACCCCUGGGUCAACGACAUCCCUAGGCAUGGCGACCACUAUAUCUUCGGAACCUACGCAUUUGUCUCCUGUGGAGCCUGAUGUAGUGGCAGUAUGGGAUUCAUGCCGAUUUGUGAAGAUGGGAUGGUUUUCUUCCAGGGAGGCAGUAACAUACGUAGAUUUAUUUUUCAGACACAUGGCACCUUUAUCUCCAAUAUUGUCGAACUUCUAUUCACACCAUCGAAAUCACUACUGGUUAAUCACUCAGGAACCAGUGUUGUGUUGUACAAUCCUAAUGAUAUCAUCCCGUUAUCAUACAUUACCGGGCGUUGGUGGUGCUUCUAGAGGGUUUUUCAUCCAUCAGCGACUAUGGCAACACUGUCAACAUUUGAUAAUGCGAGUGAUGUUAGGCCAGGAAAAAGGAUCAAAAGCAAAAACUAGAACUGUUGGCACAAUUGAAGCUUUACUUUUGAUGUCCGAGUGGCAUCCUCGUUCUCUGCAUUUUCCACCUGAAAGCGAUGGUUGGGAUUCGGAUCUGAUGAUGUCACCUCCAGAUCAUUUCCACUCCGCCACCAGCCCUGACAUGUCCGUUUUAGCACCAAACCGCUGGCUUGAAGAUGUUAUUGAGCCAGCUAGAAGAUCUGAUAGAAUGUCUUGGAUGCUACUUGGGUCCGGACUGACAUUAGCACAUGAACUUGGGAUUUUUGAUGCAGACGAUUCUCGAGCUAAAAGCAUGAUAGCAAGCCCGGAAAUAGAAUGUCAGGGGGUUGAUAUUAAUCUCCGUCGGUAUCGAAUCCAGCAACUCCUCUAUGUUUUUAUCAACCAGCUCGCUUCGCGGCUUGGAUGCAUGUCGCUCAUGCCCCAGAGCCUCAACCAUGCUGUUCUGGCUCCGUUUUCGCAACCUUCUCUUCAAGCAGGCGAUGAAUGGCACUCUUUCAUGAAUUCCUGGAUCGAGCUCACGAAGCUGUCGAAGUCUGUCACCGACACAUUCUUUCCCUCGGCCUCGUUGACUCGGCAACAGUUCCAUAGCGGCCGUUAUAUUGGGCUCCUGGACCAUUUUCGGCCCUUGCUUUCCCAGUGGCGGCAAAAACAUCUUGAUACGAGAAAUUUGUCGCUGCCGUUCCGCGACAUGAUUUUCAUAGAGUACCAGUUCGCUAGAGUAUACACAAACUCAAUCGGCAUGCAAGCCGUUGUGGAACGACUACUCGCGGAAUCAGAUCCAGACUCGGUUUUAGACGAAGUACGUCAAACAAAUGUUGACGACAUUGAUUAUGAAUUUAUACAGGAAGUCAUCGAUGGCUCGUGCCAUAUUCUCCAAAAGGUCAUAUCGCUUGCCGAGAGCGGUGCCUUACGAUAUUCUCCAGUUAGGAUAUUUCUUCGUAUAACUAGCUCGUCGAUUUUCCUUCUCAAGGCCCUUAGCCUGGGCGUUCGCAAUGCUAAACUGCAGGAGUCGCUAGAAAUACUAAGUAGAAGUAUUCAGGCUCUCCGCUCCAGUUCCUUGGAUGAUAUCCAUCUUGGGUCGAGAUAUGCAACUCUCCUAGAGAGUCUUAUCGCUCGUCUUCGACGUAGUUUCGUUCUAACUAAUAAAAAGGCAAGCCGGGCUACUACGAGACCGUCAUCUGUUAUGCCUCCCUCCGAAUCUCAACCUUCAGGAAAUCCUCCUGACCUGUCGCAAAUCACAGGCAAUUCCCGCACCAGGAUGGAUGUCUCCAGUUCUGUAUUUGAUGACAGAAUAUUGUCUUUAAAUGACAUCAAUGCUGAUGACUGGCUUUCCCUACCAUUUGAUCCGUCCAUGGCCCCUUUCGGCGAUGGUGGUAAUCAAAUCUGGUCUGGUUUCGAGGGAUCGAAUUUGAAUUUUAUCUGGAAUUUACCCUCUUGA